AUGGAGUUCAGUUUUCAAUAUGUCCCUCAAAAGGCCGUAAAGGGCCAGGCCUUAGCAGAUUUUCUUGCUGAUCAUCCUUGCGUGGAUAUCGGCGAAGAAUCUGAUACAGGACUGAGUGCAUUUGAAAUCUCACUUACUCCUUGGACUCUUCUCUUUGAUGGAUCAAAAACUCAAAUGGUCUCAGGCUCUGAAUAUGAAGCAGUGGUAAUGGGCCUUGAGAUCUUAAGAGAUCUUGAGGCCAGAGAAGUAAGGGUUAUAGGGGAUUCAAACCUUGUAAUCAACCAUCUGGCAGGGACGUUUAAAUGCUAUAGUGAGGAGUUAGCUCCUUAUUACAUGGCAGCAGUGCAGUUAAUUCAAGACUUUGAUAACAAAAGGCUACUCCCUUCUGUAAGGAGAAGAGGUUUAGGCCUAGAGGUAUUUGUCUCAAACCUUCCAGUUGAAGAAGAAGAGGAGGGUAAGGAGGAUUGGCGGGAUCCCAUUAUUGCUUACCUAAAACGGCCUCAUAUGGGAGCUAGUAGGGAGGUUAAGAGAAAAGCAUUGAGUUAUGUUCUUCUUGGGGAUGAGUUAUACAAGAAAGGCCUCGAGGAUGAUUUGUUAUUGAGGUGCUUAUGCCAUACCGAGGCCAUGAAGGUAAUGGCAGAAGUCCACGAAGGGAUUUGUGGAGCACAUCAGUCCGGUAUAAAGAUGAGAUGGCUGAUUAGAAGAGGCUGGGCUUUGGAUAUAAUUGUGAUGAUCCAUCCUCCUUCAUCGAAGCAACACAAGUUCAUUCUGGUAGCUAUGGAUUAUUUUACAAAGUGGGCAGAGGCCUUUCCAUUAAGAUCUGUAGAUCAACAGGAUGUGAUCAAAGUUAUGAAGGAAAAGAUUAUCCAUAGGUUCGGUAUACCGGAGCAUUUUGUGGCGGAUAGAGGCUCAGUGUUCUUUGGGGCACAAGUUCGGGCCUUUGCAAGCCAAUUCAAUAUUCAGCUCUCUCAUUCAACACCUUAUUAUGCACAAGGGAAUGGUCAAGCUAAAUCAACCAAUAAGACCUUGAUUGGGAUUAUUGAGAAGAUGAUAGAAGAAAAUCCAAGGGUUUGGCAUGAACUCCUCUCUGAUGCAUUAUGGGCUUACAGAACUUCAAAGAAAGAGGCUAUAAAUGUUACUCCGUACAUGCUGGUAUAUGGCCAUGACCCCGUACUUCCCAUGGAGGUGACGGUUAGAUCGACCAGAGUUGCUUACCAGAAUGGUUUAAGUCUUGCUGAUUAUAGCCAGGCUAUGUUAAUGGAGAUGGAAGACCUUGAUGAGGUAAGGUUAGCCGCUCUAGAUCAUAUGCUGGUUCAAAAGCGUCACGUGGCUAAGGCUUAUAAUAGAAGAGUAAGAAGGAAGAGUUUCACCGAGGGAGAUUUGGUGUGGCAGGUAGUUCUUCACUUGGGCGCACAAACCCCAAGGUAUGGAAAGUGGUCUCCAACGUGGGAAGGGCCUUAUCAAAUUUGCAAGGUGUUCGAAGGUAAUGUUUAUCUUUUAAUGGGUUUAGAUGGUGGAAUGCAUAAACAUACUAUCAAUGGAAAAUUUUUAAAACAUCAUUAUCCUACGAUGUGGGAAAUGAGAGAUUUCAAUGAAAAGCUGCCAUCAAAACCAUAG